UACAGCAGGCGGCGCUGUGCAGCUCCACAACCUCCAACAUUAACACGAGAACAAGCCUUCUGCCUGAUGAAUGAUGGGGUCACGCUUGAAGGUGCUGCGGCUGUUCAAAGAUCUGCAUAAGACCAGAAGCUGUGUUUUUAGAGAUGAUGACCGAGCUCUGACAGCUGCCAGGUUAAAAAUAAAUGAAGAAUUCAAAAAAAACAAGAAUGAAACAUCAGAGGAGAAUAUUAAAGAGAUGCUUAAAAUGGCCCGAGCGGUUGAGACCAUCCUUCGUGAAAAUGUGAUACAGGGAGAGCAUGUGGAGGAAAAUAAAGUCUUGUUACGGCCCCGCGAGAGUCUCCUGCUGGACAAUGUACCUUACUCUGAUACACCCAGAAACAAGACAUGACCCUGAUUUACUGUCAUUGAUACGGCUCUGUUUUCUCCUGCGGUUCUCAUAUGUGACAAAGAGCAAGACACAUUAAUGCAGCCCACUCAAUUAUCACCCAUUUUACACAGUGGCCAUAAUAACAUAACUUUAAUAACCUGUACAGUAUGUUUGUUCAGCGCUGAUGUGAUUGAGUUCAAUUAAAUGCAAUGAAUUGCCACACUGUAAAUAGUAUUUGUUUGGUAUAUUGUGUUGAAUAAAU